AUGCUUCAUCAUGCCAAACUGGACAAGUGUUUCUGGGCCGAAGCAGCGAUGACGGCCAUCGACGUCAAGAAUCGACUGCCGUCACCUAAAGUCGUGCACAAGACCCCGUUUGAGAUCGUCUACAACUUGAAACCAAGCGUCAAGCACAUGCGAACAUUCGGGUGUCAGACAUACAUACUGACGCCUAAAGAGAAUCGACUCAAGUGGGAUCCAAAGGCUCGCGCUGGCAUAUUCGUGGGCUACGAAGAAGUUUCGAAGGCAUAUCGUGUUUAUGACAUCGAGGCGGGGCAGGUGGUUAUCAGCCGCGAUGUCAACUUCGACGAGUCCACCUUUGGACUUCAACUGCCGAUCACUGAUGAAGAUGUCGAUGACCUGGACUUCGAAUUGCUGGAUCUUGAUGACGAAGAGCUGCGUCAAAUGGAGUACAAGCAAACAGGCAAGCGCAAGAACCGACUCAAUGAUGAAGAUACAGCAGCUCCACGACCGCGUGCAGUGUGUCAACGACCAGGACUAGAAGAGUCAAGCGCGCCGGAAAACAACUCGUCACGCCAAGAAGAAGACGAAGAAACGAAGGAUUCUGGUGAUUCAACACCGCCUGUGUUUUGGCGUGCGAGUGCAAAUUCUGUUGAAACAGCAGUGGAUUUGUCGGAGCCGUCGACAUUUGAAGCAGCAGUGACUGGCCCUGAUCAAUUGCACUGGAGAAAAGCAAUUCAUGCAGAGCUCGAGUCAAUGCGACUUCGCGGUGUGUUUCGUGCAGCCAAGCUGCCCAACGGACAACGCGCCAUUGGCACAAAAUGGGUGUUCAAGAUCAAGCGUAAAGCGGACGGAUCUAUCGAGAAGUACAAGGCACGUCUCGUGGCAAAGGGCUUUCGCCAAAAGUAUGGAAUCGACUACACGGAGACGUAUUCGCCCGUGGUCAAGCAUGUGACGCUGAGAAUGGUGAUCGCAAUUUUCAAGCAUUUUGGAUGGCCCAUCGACCAGCUUGAUGUGGUGACAGCUUUCCUGUAUGGCGUCAUGAAGGAACAAGUGUUCUGCUUGAUUCCUGAAGGCGUCGAACUUGACAGUACGUUCGACUGCCUGGAAUUGGUGAAGGCAAUUUACGGCCUGAAGCAAGCUUUGCGAGUAUGGAACGAGACUUUUGACGAGUUUGUGUGUUCCAUUGGAUUUCAAGUGUCAGACUUCGACCCAUGUCUCUACAUCAAGACUUCGGACGGCCAUUGCGUGUUUAUACUGGUCUACGUGGACGACGUCUUGGUGACUGGAAGCUCGCUCGAGCUGAUUCACAAACCAAGAACGACCUGA